UAUGUUCUUUUCAAAAACUCACAAGGUUUUGUUUCCGUAUGAUUUGAUUUUGAUACACUUAAGCGCUGAAUAGUAAAGUUGCAGUGUAUUGCUAUACUAACCGAGAAUUAAGACAUAUGAAUCAUUGUGGUUUGGGAUGAAGUCGCAGGAAUGAACGACACAGAAUAUAGGUGCAUACAGAUUACCAAAGAGAAGGAUUGAUGUAUCUCCCAAAUCUACGGAUAGAUAAUCACUAGGUUCAUUUCUACAAAAUGAAUAGCUCCCAAGCAGAAGUUACUUCCGCGAGUCAAGUAUCCACACCCACAACGGACAUUAGCACCACCAGGGACUCUUCAACGUCACAGAAAAGCACAACUAUAUAUAACACCACAACGUCACUAUUCAGCACGGUAAUAUACAACGAUACGACCUGGAAGUCCACAACGCCGGAAGCUGUUCCAUCAAUCUCAAUCAGUACACUUACUUACAGGGGGACAACGAAUACUACAGAUGGCUCUGGACACAGUGAUGAAUUCAACUACAGUGACGGAAUUUUGGCUGCAACGAUACUUGUCAUCAUUGUCGUGAGCUUGUUCACUAUAUCGCUGAUAAUUUAUAGACAAAAGCAGUCCAGGAAAUUGACUUCUGUCAAAGGACAAUGUGGACAAUCCCCACCACCAGAAGAUGAGGAAAAGGAAAAAGUAAAUAUCGAACCACCAAUGUAUGAGGAUGUCGAGUCAAAUGUCGAAAUAUCAAUAUUGCCAUCACAUAGGGCAAAUCAUGAGAUUGAAGAUUCUAGAAUUCCUAAAGCUGAUUGCAUGAUUGAAAGUAAUCCGUAUGUGGAGUGUCCCUCCAAUGUGUAUGACAAAGCCUAUAUACCCAGACCUCAUGUGUACGAGCUACAGACUAACAUAUACGAAUAAAUCCACAAAGGAGAAGGCAACAGUGUUAAUAAAAACACUCGACGGGGACACUAUCCGUAUUCAUAAUAUUUAAUUUUAAUUGUUUCCAUGUGUUAAAUAUUGACAAAGCAUAAAUAUUAAGCUUCACAUCUUUUGAGCACAAUUGCGCUGGAUGUAAUGACUUUGCAUGUACUGGUCCAAUAUUAAUCUCAGUUGUCCAAACACAUUAUAUAUGUAGUACUUAAUCCUAUCUAGUUGAAAAGUUGAAAAGACUAUGCCAUGGACUACAUUUUGUGGCGGUCGGAUUGUUCAAUCAAAAAGUUCGAAAUCUACAUGACUUUACAGUUUCUGUUUAUCUGUGUAAAAAACGUUUAGAUUAAAGGGAAAGGCAACCCUAACCACAUUGUUGCCUUGAUGAGUAAAGUAUUACUUACUGAUAUCGUAAACGACAGUCUUUAACAGCAAAAUCCUUGCUUAAAAAUUAAAUCAUAUUAAUCUAUCUCACAUUUCAAAUUACCCGCCUCUAAGAGAGCGACCAUUGAAGUUUAAUUUAUUACGUCACACCGUUGGUUCCCGUUUAUUUCAUCAGCAGCACUGUAAACAUUACAAGUCACGAACAGUUAAGAUUGGAGCCGUACAGAUUCGAGCCCGCUCUUUCGCAAGAAGAAUUUAAGAAAAGAAGACGUUCAGUCGAGUCGCAGUUAUAUCUUUACAGAUUCCUACAGUAUUAUUAUAAUUUACUAGUUUAGUAAUGUUGUCAGUUCAUUAUUAGUAAAUACCUGUUUCGUCUUUUAUACUUGAAAUACAUCGGAAAAUACUAUUUUGUGUAUUCCCUCCAAAUUACAGGAAGUCAGACGAUGUCAUGUAUAUCUCGAUCCCGAUCUUGUUAUUCAUAAUUGGAAAUAAACGUGUUUAUUUUGAGAAUGUGGCACAUCUUGUGUAAUAACCAAUGUUUCUGUGUUUAUUUUUGUACAUGUAUUAUUGAUAUACUUCCUUGUAUAUGUAUAACUGCUCUAUGUAAUAUGUAAAUACUCAUUGUAAUAGUGACCUAGUAACCUAGUUGUUUACAUCCGGGUCUUGGAAAAAAAACAUCUGUUAUGUAUAAAUACGGAAGCCCGUUGGCAUUUGAGCAGUUGUAAGUUAAGUAGUUGUAAACUGAGCAGUUGUAAAUUAGGAGGCUAGUUGCGACGAAGUGACCAGUUGAUGUCGAUAGAAAUCGAAGUGUAAACAAGAGGUAACUGAGUCACGAAUGCUAAUGAUUUGUUACUAUUGAUUUAUUACUAUAAUAAUAAUCAAAUAGAUUUAUUAAUUUCUAAAACUUAUUCUUUAUUAAGUUAAUUCAUAACAAUGGCCUCUAAUUCAAAAACGCGAUGUUUAACCCCUGCUUUUAAAGUUCCAUGUUAAUGUUUAAGACAAGAAUUUGUAAUUCAUAUGCGAUUUUAGAAUUUAGAUUUGCUCUUAAUAUAUGUUCUUUUAAACUUUCAAAUUCCAUAUCAUGAAGUUUUUCGUAUAUCGAGGGCAAAACGUCAUUAAUUAUUUCCAAUAUACUGGUAUUAAACAUUUCAUAUAUGUAUUGUUAUAUGAUAUAAUUAUGCAUCUAUUUUACGUAAUGAUUGAUUUGUGUUGCUUUUGUUGUGUUGACAUCAACAAUAAAUCAAUAUUGAUGAAAUUACACUGUAGUUCAAUAACAAGAACUAUGACCCCA